GUUUGGUGCGACAUGGACACAGAGGGCGGUGGCUGGACGGUGGUGCAGAGACGGGGGUCGCAGAGCAGCGGCAGAGACGACUUCUUCAGGGACUGGGCGGACUACAAGUGGGGCUUUGGGCAGCUCGAGGCCGACCACUGGAUAGGAAAUGAACACAUUCACCAGCUGACGUCUUCAGGCGACUACGUCCUCCGCAUCGAGCUGGAGGACUGGGCCGAGGAGCGGCGCUGGGCGACCUACGAACAUUUCUACCUCACCGGCGAGACUACGAACUACACGCUACACAUCGGCGACUAUCACGGCACUGCAG